GGGGCAUUCAAUUUUUUUUUCUUUUGGCUUUGUCAAUGAAAUCAGCAUCUUUCGGAACAGCUGUUAGCCAGAAAGCCCGGCCGUUCAAAGGAAGAUUAGGUUACGCAUGCCUUAACACUAUUCUCAGAACACAAAAACCUCCCGUCUUUUGUUCACGGACCUGUCGAUUAGACACUUUGAAACAGAAAGGCUUAGAGUAUGCUAAGGAAUUGGCAUUACAGAAUAUCAGCGAUCUUAAGACACUGAUUGAGUGGAAUGAAGCAAACCAUAUUAAAUUCAUGCGGAUAUCCAGCGAUGUGUUCCCGCUAGCAAGCCAUGAUAAAGUCGGAUACUCUAUCGACUUUGCUAGCAAGGAAUUGGCGGAAAUAGGGAAGCUUCGGGAGAAAUAUGAUCAUCGACUGACUAUGCAUCCUGGGCAAUACAAUCAGCUAGCAUCACCAAACAAGGAUGUCGUCAGACGAACGAUAGUAGAUUUGCAACAUCAUGCCAACAUGUUGAAUCUAAUGAAGCUACCACCAGACUCUAUCAUGAUUAUACACAUGGGUGGUACCUAUGGUGACAAAGAGGCUGCGCUGCAGAGGUUUAGGGAAAACUACAAAACGCUUCCGCAAGAUAUCAAAGAUCGGUUGGUUUUAGAGAACGAUGAGAUAUGCUAUUCUGUAGCCGACCUACUUCCCAUCUGUCAAGAAUUGAGUAUCCCAUUGGUACUGGACUGGCAUCACCACAGCAUCAACACAGGUGGUAUCGAAAAUCUAGUGGACCUGUUACCAGCCAUCAACGAAACCUGGACUAGAAAAGGCUUGCGCCCCAAACAACACUACUCGGAAUCCCGGAAGGGUGCGGUUACACCUAUGGAGCGUCGUGCACAUUCUGAUCGUGUCAAGACCCUCCCGCCUUGUGAGCCAGAUACAGAUCUUAUGAUUGAAGCAAAGGACAAAGAGCAAGCGGUUUUCUUCCUGUACAAACUUUAUGACCUAUUUCCUGUCAACCAGGAUGUUUACUAUGAAAAUAAGCAAGGGGAAACGAAGCAUACAAAGAGGAGCAAAAAAGGUCAAGCACAAGUGAAAGCGGAAGUCAGCGUAGAGGCUACCGUUAUGGAAGAAGGAAGUAUCCUCAAGGAGGAUAUAAAGAAGAAGGCGACCACUAUUGUAAAUACCAAUGAAGACAGCGUACUUGAUCGUAAACAGGCUAAGCGCGUUAAACGCGCGAAAGUCGAUGUCCAUACCAAAGCGAAGGAUGAUGUGUUAGCACCGGUCAACGGCAACGACGCUCAAAGUGUCAAACGUAAGAAAGGGUCGAAAAAGGCAACAGCUUCAGGGACGGCAGCGCAAUCGGCACUUCGACGUUCGAAUAGAAUUACCAGUAAAUCACUUUGAACAUAGGCAUCAUAAAGCUAGAUAUUAAAUCGAGAGUUUUGUUCGUAUGCCCAUUGUUAGAUGUGCCCGGUGUUGACCGAUGCAUUGCACGCGUUUUGGCGUGACUUUAAAAAAAAGUUUGAAUUUUAC